AUGAAUAGUCAAGUUUUGGUGGCCUUUUUUGGAGUUAUUUUGGCUUUGGUGAAAAAUGGUGACGCAUUGCAAUGUUGGAAAUGCUCCUCAGAAAUGGAUGUCACUUGCAGGGAUUAUUUCAACGUAACAAAGAUAAUGCAAACCAGAAGGUAUUUUGACAAUAUUAACUAUGGCAACAGGCAACAACAACCAAUCACCAAUGAUCCUCAUCUGGAAUUGUGCGAUGACAGGUUCACCACUUCGUACGAUAAGACAAACGUUUGUCUUAAGACUAUACACACGACUCCUAAUGGAAUGCAAGUGGUGAACAGAAAAUGCAUGUUGGUGAACAAGGACCUGAAGUCUGGAGCUUGCCCUCAAGAAUUGACCCAAAGAGGUCAAAGUUUGGACUACUGUUUGACCUGCAACUACGACGGUUGUAACGCCGCUACGGGCUUGAAGACCACGUUACUUUCCAGUUUGAUUCCUGUAGCCCUUAUGCUGUUCUUCAGGAAAUAA